CUCAUCAUUUGCGGUAGGUAAACGUGAUCUUCCAUCAGGAUGUAUUCAAAAUUUAUCUUCGUUUUGGUUCUGUUAACCGUGGUAGGUCUUUGUCGUUCUUGUUUACAGCAAGGAUGUGUGGCUUACGACUGCGAGAAUGACCAGUGCUCAGAAAUAAAUAAUUGUGGUGCGGGUUUUAAAAAAGUUAAAUGUGGGUGCUGUGACAUAUGCUGCUUGAUUAGCUAUGAAGGUGGUAUUUGCGGAGACUACAUAGAGACGACAUGUGAGGAUGGACUAAGAUGUGUGAAUGGUAUUUGCCAAAAAUAGUGACUUUACUCCAAAAACAAAUGACAUAAUCAUAAAUUAUUCACAGAUGUUAUGUUUAUAUAACUUUUGUAUUUUAUAUUAUCCAAAUAUCUCUCAGAUAUGUCAAAUUUGUGUAAAUAAAGACACACAUAGGAAA